AUGCCUGGUCAGAGAUUGUGUGGGCAGGGGGGGGGUGAUCAUAGGCCUGCGGGGCCGCAGGAGACACUGGCAACACUGAGAGCUUUGCAAGAACUCUCAGCUAGGGUCUGCAAGGAAUUACUUGUGAGAAGACUUACAGCAAAGGGAGGGACUGCGCUGCUUGGAGCCAGGGGCUGGUCUGGGAGAGGGAUGGGGUGGGCUGCUGGCCUGAAGAUCAGGUGCAGUGACAGGGCUGGGGAGGAUGGAGGCACAGUCAUGGGCGGCAGUGUCCCUGCUUCACCAGCCGGCAAAAAGUGA